AUAUGACUCAAGCAGCAGGUACAAACAGGUUGCUUUAAGGUGUGUUCUUUAAAGCUGGCAAUUUAAGGAUACCAAAAACUUUAAGGCAGCCAAAGAGUCUCCCCGCAACAGAGCUACAGACAUGGCUUUACCACAUUUCUUGUUGUUCCUUCUCAUUAAUUUCUGCUGCAUUUCUGCCUCAAAUACCUCAGGCACUUCAAACAAUACUACAGGAGUGGAAGGGGCAUCUGGAGCAGGUUUUCGAUAUCAUAAGACAGCAGCUGCUAAAUCAUCAAAUGAAAGAUUUUUAAGCGAUGGACUUUCAGAAGAGGCACUGAAGUUUCUAACUGGCACUGUGUCCACCAUCCUUUUACCUUGCUUCUACAUGCUGGUCUGUUCCAUCAGUGUGCCAAUUAACAUCUUUGCCAUAAUCGCCUUCACUCGUUGGAUCCGUCCUAAGAUGCCAGCUGCAAUCUAUAUGCUGAACCUGGCCUUAGCCGAUCUGCUCUUUGCACUGAUGCUCCCCUUCAAGAUCUCCUACCACUUUGAAGGCAACAAUUGGAAAUUUGGUCCAUCCAUGUGCAGUGUGGUCACUGCUGCCUUUUACUGGAACAUGUAUUGUUCUGUUCUUCUCAUAGCUUGCAUCAGUGUGGACCGUAUGCUUGCUGUAGUUUAUCCCAUUGACUCUCUAGCUUGGAGGAGCUCACGGAACACAGUCAUAGCCUGCAUAACCAUGUGGGUGUUAUCCUUCGCUGGCUCUGUGCCUCUUGUUUCCUCUGACCAGACUUUUAACAUCAGUGAGUUGAACAUCACCACCUGCCAUGAUGUCCACUCCACAGAUAAGAUCAUCUGGUUAAAGAAGUACUUCCUCACCAUCUGCUGCAUAUUCUUCUUCCUACCUCUGCUCAUCACAGUGGUGUCCUACACUCGAGCCAUCUGCUCGCUGAGCAGAGACCAACAUGAUGUUCCAGAAACAUCACACGGGAAAAGAAGAGCAGUGGUAAUGACUUUCACUGUGCUGGUGAUAGUUUUGCUGUGUUUCAUGCCUACAAACUGUCUGCUGCUUGCACACUACCUGCAGCUUAACACAGAGAAGAGCCAGGGGGCACCUGAUGGCUCUUACGCACUCUAUCUGGUGUUUCUGUGUUUGGGAAGCCUGAACUGCCUCCUGGAUCCCCUGCUCUACUACUUUGGAUCCUCCCAGUUCCGGAAACAACUAUCCAAUAUGCUGAAGCGUAAAAAUGAUAGUAUCACUCAUUCACCAUCUUAUUUAUGAAGAUUCAGCAAAAGAGAAAUGCUGAAAUCCAGUCAUGCAGAAAAGUCCAGAAUCAAGACAUCAGUUACCAGAGCGGGCUCUUUCCAAGCAAGCCUCAGUGGCCAAAACAAGACAAGCCAAACAAGAAAUUACUGGCCUGACUGACUGUCACAUUUUCAUUGACUCUGAACUGUUAUUUUAAAGUUAUAAUAUAAUAUCAGCAAUUUGUCAUAGUUUGCCAAAGCUGCUGACAUAAGAGCACGUAGCUAACAGAAAGAUUUAAAAUUCUCUAUUUUCAUGAUUAGAAGGAACUGAAUACCUUCCACUUCUUUGUGAACCGGUCAUGUCAACAGAAACAGCUUUAAAUCUUGGGGUCAUGGCUACACACAGUCAAUGAGAGAUCCUUUUAAGAAACAAGAAAGAAAACACCAGGAAAGAAAAUAUGCAUUCACAUAAACAAUACACAUUUCAUAGGGCAAGAGGUGGGGUCCAACCUGGACAAGUUGCCAGUCUCUCGCAAAGCUAACAUUAUGAGAAUUGCAUAUUAGAAAAUAAAGACAACUUGUGGUUCAGGAGCUGUUGGUCUAAGGCAGUUUAUUUUUUUUCUGUGUUUAAUAAAUUGUACUUUAAUCUUUUAUUAUGUAUAUUUUUCUUUCUAGCUAUCUAGAAUUAGAUGGACAGAAAUAUAAUGUCCCAGAGGUAUUCUGUUGGAUUUCAGUCAGGCGAGCAUGAUGUCUAGUCAAUGGUAUCAGUUGCUUCAUCCUCCAGGAACUGCCUGUAUAUUCUCACAUUGUCUUGCAUCACGAGAACCCUACACUGCACUGCUUGGUCAGAAUCUACACUGUAAUAUAGCAUCUGACAGGGUGAGGUUAUCUAGCCUGUGAAGGUCUGUGCAUCCCUCCAUGGAUAUGCCUUCCCAGACCAUCACUGACCCAUUGCCAAAUCUGUCAUGCUGAAGGAAUUACAGGCUUCUCCACGGCUUCUCUAUAGGAACUUGCUCUCAUCUGUGAAAAGCACAAGGUGCAAUUGGUCGACCUGGUAUUUCUGGUAUUCUAUGGCAAAUGCCAAUCUGGCUCCAUGGCACCAGGCAGUGAGCACAGUGCCCACGAGAGGACAUCGGGAGCUCAGGCCUGAGACCUUUCUGAUUGUUUGGUCAGAUACAUUCACACCAGCGUCCUGCUGGAGGUCAUUUUGUGCAUUUUGGGCUGUUCAUCUUUGCACGAACGAGAUAAUCUGGUUAAAAAAUUGUGUCUUCUGUUUUUUUCCUUUUUAUUAGGCAGAGUAUCUGGGAUACUCACUUUUUAUUUGUAUUGAAAUACAUGCAAAACCUUGUAGAAUAAAUAUCUACACAUUGGAGAUAUUUUUUUUAAGCUGUAAGUAAGCAGCAAUGUCCAUGUGCCUUUCUCUCCAGCAGGUAGCGCUACAUUACAGUUAAGUAACUCUCUACACACACUCUGCAUUGUCAAGCUGCAAUUAAAUCCAAAUCCAAAACCUGAAGACAUUGGAGACUAAUUGGAGACCUUAAAGAAUCACAAUGGGAAGAACCAGUUGUUUAUUGAUGUUUAUUGAUGUGUUAAAAAAUUAAAAACAUGGAUUAUAUCACUGCAUCAUAUAUAUCUUCAAUAAUAAAUCAACAAAAAUAUAAUGA